UUUGUGUUAGCUGCUUCCCCUUAAAUGUAUGUUCACAAAUGAGCCACAGCCUUAUCAGCAGGAGUCGAGGGAAGACUGGUUGAGGUGUUGCUCCAGAACUCGGUCUCUGAGCCAUGGCUUCCCAAAGAGCCUCAGGUGUUUCCAGCCGCAAGGUGGGCACCAUGGCUGAAAAGUUCGACUGCCACUACUGCAGGGACCCCCUGCAGGGCAAAAAGUACGUGCAGAAGGACGGCCAGAAUUGCUGCGUCAAGUGCUUUGACAAGUUCUGUGCCAACACUUGUGCCGAGUGCCGCAAGCCCAUCUCUGCGGACUCCAAGGAGGUGCAAUAUAAGAACCGCUACUGGCACGACACCUGCUUCCGCUGUUCCAAGUGCCUUCACCCCCUGGGCGACGAGACCUUCGUGGCCAAGGACAACAAGAUCCUGUGCAACAAGUGUGCCUCAGUGGCGGGUUCCCCCUCGUGCAAGGGGUGCUUCAAGCCGAUUGUGGCAGGCGAUCAGAACGUGGAGUACAAGGGCACCGUGUGGCACAAAGACUGCUUCACCUGCAGCCACUGCAAGCAAGUCAUCGGGACCGGAAGCUUCUUCCCCAAAGGGGAGGACUUCUACUGCGUGUCUUGCCACGAGUCCAAGUUUGCCAAGCACUGCGUGAAGUGCAACAAGGCCAUCACAUCUGGAGGAGUCACUUACCAGGAUCAACCCUGGCAUGCCGAGUGCUUUGUGUGUGUUACCUGCUCUAAGAAGCUGGCUGGGCAGCGUUUCACCGCUGUGGAGGACCAGUAUUACUGCGUGGAUUGCUACAAGAACUUUGUGGCCAAGAAGUGUGCUGGAUGCAAGAACCCCAUCACUGGGAAAAGGACUGUGUCAAGAGUGAGCCACCCAGUGUCUAAAGCUAGGAAGCCCCCAGUGUGCCACGGGAAACGCUGGCCUCUCACCCUGUUUCCCAGCGCCAACCUCCGGGGCAGGCAUCCGGGUGGAGAGAGGACUUGUCCCUCGUGGGUGGUGGUUCUUUAUAGACAAAAUCGAAGCUUAGCAGCUCCUCGAGGCCCGGGUUUGGUAAAGGCUCCAGUGUGGUGGCCUAUGAAGGACACUCCUGGCACGACUACUGCUUCCACUGCAAAAAAUGCUCCGUGAACCUGGCAAACAAGCGUUUCGUGUUCCACCAGGAGCAGAUCUAUUGCCCCGACUGUGCCAAAAAGCUGUAAAAGGGACAGGGGCUCCUGUCCCAUCACAUGGAAAUCGAGUCUUGUUCUUUCAUGUUCUCGCCCCCUGCCCUGUGCCACGAGUGGGGAAAGGGCGGCCUUUCGCCUCUUCAAGUUGCUCCCCCCCAAUCCUUUCUCCCCGGUGGCAGCGUUGCUCACUCCCUGGGCACACAGCGAUCGGUUAGGAUGUAGCAAAACAGCAGCUCCGCACUCACGUCCCUUUCGCCAGAGCUGCAGCUCCUCAGCCAACGCUUAGUUCGAUCAACACUUCUGCAUGUUUGUCAUAGAGCAGAAAAGCGCGCCCCAUGUACUGCAUAGAGACGAAAGCAGGAAGCUUCAGUGGCGGGGCUACCCCCAUCAGGUCGGCAGGACAUGAAAUGAGUUGCAGCGGCUGCUCCAACUCGAGUGCUCACCCCACUUGUGAGCAGCAAGAACUUAGCUGGAUGCAUGGUUUUUCCUUCCUUCUCCAGACCUUUCCUCUGUGCUUCCGUGCUUUCACCCAACUAAUCCGAACCUCCUGCAAAAGAAACCUGAACACUCGGUGCCGGUUUGCGCUCUCUGACUGGCCCCUGGUACUACUAACGUUCUCUCCCUCACCCCUCACCCCAAGUGGCAUGUUUUCUGAGCGUUCCUCGUGCAAAAGAGGAACACGCAGGUGAUUGAAAAGAGUAGGCAGAGCUGAGCAAACGAGCCUGUUUCAGAGAAACAGCGUCACAAUCAACACUUCCGGAAGCUUCAUCGCUAACCCAAGCUGUCCCUUCGCUUUUGGUUUUUGGUUUUCUUUCACUUAAUACGAUCUUCAUUUGUUUGAAUUAAUAGCAGCAUAGUUUAUGGGUUUGAAAACUUGCAUGAAAAUAUUUUAGCCCCUUGGAGUGUUCCUGCAGUUAAAAACAUGCACCCAGAAAAUGGAAACCCGAAGAACAUUCUAGAGGCGCCCACUCAGUAGCCACCAGAGCUGUCACUCCACACAGUGAGAAGCUUGUGUACCCUCUUCCUGUGUUGGAAGCCUCCCUUCCUCAGCCGGAUCUCUUGGGAUGCGGGGAGGCCCCCAGGCCCCACACUCGGCGGGCCCCUUUUCUGUGCAGUGCUACUCUGAGAUGCAGGAUCACCUACUUAUUGUAUUCUAUUGACGUUGUUAUAUCACAUAGUAUAAGAAGAUGAUAUCAGAGUCACCUGUAAUGGCAGUCAUAUUAACAUUCUUGUAGAAGCGGUUAGCCAAGCCGACGCCUCAUUUCUACAUCUUGUCAUUAGCUACUAUCAUCUAACGAUUCAGUGUAUCCUUACAGAAAUAAACGAGCAUCU